UAUGUACGAGUGUCUGCAGACACUGAAGCUACAGUGCUCUACCAGUUACUCACUGAACAGUGGGGACUUUCACCUCCAAAUCUGCUCAUAUCAGUGACUGGAGGAGCCAAUAACUUCUACCUCAAGUCCCACCUGAAGAAGGUUUUCUAUAGAGGACUGAUGAAAAUUGCCCAGACUACAGGUGCAUGGAUCAUUACUGGUGGUACCAAUGUGGGUGUGAUGCGACAUGUGGGACAGGCUGUUAAGGACUUUGCCCUGAGUAACACCAAGCAGAAGGAAAUAGCGGCUAUUGGAGUGGCACCAUGGGGAGCAAUUCACAACAGGGAGAAAUUAGUAAAUGAAGAAGGUUGCUUCCCAGCUCGUUAUGUGAUUGACACAGAAGGUCAGGAUGGUCUGACCUGUCUGGAUGACAAUCAUACCCACUUCUUGCUGGUUGAUGAUGGAACCUACGAACAUUAUGGCAUGGAGAUCGAGCUGCGUGCAGAACUAGAGAAAUACAUCUCAGGCAAAAAUCUUGGAAACAAAGAUAAUAACAUCAAGAUCUCAGUGGUUUGUGUGGUAUUGAACGGAGGACUUAGCGCACUCAAUACCAUCUACAACGCCGUUAAUAAGGGCACACCAUGUGUGAUCUUGCAGGGUUCUGGGAGGUUAGCAGAUGUCAUUGCUCAUGUGUCUGGACAGCAGAACAGUACUGUCCAGAUCGACAAGCUCAUCGAAAACCAGUUGGAAAAGUGUUUUGGUCAAGAGUACAAAAGUUCAACUUUCAAGUCCCAGGAAAAAGAGUACACAGAAAAGAUUCAGGAGAUCAUCAAGAAGCGUGAAUUACUGACAAUAUUCAGAGCAAGGAAAGAUGGCCAAGGGAAUUUGGAUGUGGCAAUCCUUGACGCUCUUUUCAAAGCUUCAAAGACUGGUGAAUCACAAGAAGAGUCCUGGAAGAAGCAGCUAGAGCUGGCUAUUGACUGGAACAGAGCCGACUCAGCUGAGACUGAGAUUUUCACUGAGGAAAGCGUGUGGAAGUCCAGUGACCUCCACUACUUCAUGAAAUUAGCCCUGACUGGCAACAAGCCUGAUUUUGUUAGUCUGCUCCUGGAGAACGGUCUGAUUCUGAAGGACUUCCUGAAAGAUGACGGCACCCUUUGUGAGCUCUACCAAAAGCUGCCCAAAAGCUGCUUCUUCUUGUACAAGUUGGUCAAAAGGGUGGAACCUGACAAAAUAAGGAAACAGGAACUUCACAAGGAUGAUCUUCAUAGCAUACAAGAAAAGAUCCGCCUGAUUCAUGUCUCAGAUGAAGUGCGCCACCUGCUGGGAAAAUUCACACAGCACAUCUAUCCUCAAAACACUAUGAAUGCACCACAUGAACAGAAUCCACCGCAUGAACACUUCAUUGUGCGCAUAAAAGAACUAUUUUCUGCAAGACCCUUGGAGCUAUAUAGCCUACCUCAUACCAUGAGAGACACRAAUAAGCACGACAUGCYGGCUCAGACGUCGCCCGGUCAAACAAG